CACAGAGAAUAACUGUCUAUUUUAUCCAUUUCACAGAGAUUUAAUGUAUGUGACGACAGAGUUACAUAACUUUAUGUACAUACACCAUCUUCAUAAUCUUAUCACAUAUGUGGGGGUCUUGUAAAGGGCAGACUGUUAGGAAGUUUAUUUCUGACGUCCCCCAAAGUAACCGGGGAUGGAAGGAAAAGUUUGUAUUUAUUGAGUUCCGCCCGUUCGUCACUCCCCUGGCCAGUCUAAAGUGGAACGAUCAUCUCCUCAACCAAGAGUAUACCGUGCCAGCAUCCUCCCCCGAUCUUGAAGCGAGCCUCGAGAUUCUUCUUCGCGGUGAUCCGUUCACCGAGAGGAAAUUUCACUAUGGGAGUUGGGUCUGGAGAAUCCAACCGGGUGGCGAGGGUACCUCCCAAGCGCAUAAAGCAGCGGGGCAUGGGGUACCCUCCCCGAGCAACACUGCGGAAGCUGAGGGCACCUCUCACCCAGGUAUGGAAUUCGAAGAGUUCGAGAUUCCCAAUGACCAGCCAGCCGGAGAGACCGGUGGCUCUCAAGCUCCUCCCUCCAUGACUUUCUCGAUAAACCAAGAGACCGUGGAAAUUCUUGAUGAGGAUGAUCCCUUAGACACCCGGUCGAAGGGGAAGAGCCCUUCCAAGGGCAAGGAGAAGACCGGUCGCCGGGUGAAAAAGGCGGCCACCAACAAUCCCUCUGCCAUGAACAAGAGGCAGAAGACAAACUCUGGUGUAGCCCACCAGACCGUGGAGGAGGCCUACAUCAACCUCGGUCUGCGGCUGAGGGAGUUGGGGAUGGACUCUCUGACCGAAGUGGCCCGGUUAAAGAAGAAGAACGAGGAGCUGGCCCUCAUCUUGAAGAGCCAGACGGAUGAGUUGGCUAAGCUGUCAAAGAUGGUCGGGUCCUUGGGGGUGGAGAACACCCGGUUGAAGGAGGAGAACGACCAGCUGCUGGAUGAGGUUUCUGAAGCCAAGCGGGAAAUGGCGAAGAAGGAAGAAGACUUCCCUGGGCUUGCAGCUGCCUGGGUUGAAGAGAACAAGGCUGAAGCCGCCCGGGUGAUGACCGCAACUCCGGAGGCCACCAUGGAAUCCUUCAGGUUUCUAUACCGGGAGCCUGAAGGAAAGAAGAUGAUCACCGCGAUUGGAUCGUUCGGAUUCAAGAGUGGUCAAAAGAAGGACCGGAUUGCUUCUCACCGGGUCUUGCUGAAAAGAGACCCGGACUUCAGCGCUGCCUCCUAUGGCCUGGCCCCCAUCCCUGAGGAAGAGCCUACUCCCCCCUUCCCCUUAGAUUAGAUCUUCCCGGCUGCGCAGGUGUAAUUUAAAACUUGGAUAUCUUCAAUUUCCCCGGGAAUGCCCGGUGUAUUUGUAUAAUAAUCAACAUUUAUUUUGGUU